GACUCCUUUGACUGACAGUGGUUUCAACACUCACUCAACUGGUUUCUCGAGGCACCAAACGGAAGAGUGAACAACUGCAAAACAACAACAACAAGUUGUUUUUUUUAAGCUGUUCGCUACCUCUGGAUUCCCUUAAACCACCGCCUGGCUGUCACCUUGAAGGUAGACGAAUAGACACCAUGGUGGGAGUGGCGUGCGGAUCUGAGCGGGAGAGGGCGUGAUCGCUGUGCGGCGCAGAUCGGGUCCUUCCCGGGAGAAGGAGAAUGGCUCAGCGUGUCAACUUUGACCUGGACCACCUGCUCAUUGAAUCUGAACUGGAGAGCCCCGUGGACGAGGAAGGCGUCCACGACUCGUUCAGUCGGCUGAUCGCGGAGCAGAGGGACCAUAGAGGAGCCUCUGACGCCGUGGAGCUGCAGCAGCUGCAGAGACAACUGCACGAGGAGGAUCCAUACGAUGUGGCCUCCUUGUCCAGCCCUGGGCACGUGUUCAGGGACAGGAGGCAGGGACAGAGGAACGUGGGAAGGGAGGAGGAUGUAAACCUGGGAGACCCCCUCCUAGGCGAACGUUGGUCCUCAGCAACCAUGAGGGUCCUGUCCUCCAUGCCCAGUCGCACCAUCGGUCGCAGCAGGGGAGCCAUCAUCUCUCAGUACUACAACAGGACCAUGCAGCUCCGGAGACGCAGGCAGAGCAGACCCGCCAUCCGGGACUUCCCCCACUCCGCCCGGCCCAGCAUACGAGGCUACGGCAUCGAGGUCGACACUACGGACGCAGAGGUGAGUAAGCGGGAUCGUUUGGUGAACAACCUUCAGAACCUGUCGGUGGGCGACAGAAUCCGGAUGCUCAGAGCGAUGCCUCUCAAUUUAACUGAGAAGAGGAAUCUCCGCCAGUCAACUUUACAUCAGGGGAAAAACCCAAUCUCUGCCAGUCACAUCCCCUGUUGCAGUCAACUCAAAUAUUACAUCAUCAUUGGUGCCAGACAGAGCUGGUACAGCUGGCUGUCCUUCCUGCACUCCCUCCAGCUGUGGCAAGUGCCGCUGAAGAGAGUGAGCGGGCGUUUUGGCACCGGCGUCCUCUCGUACUUCCUGUUCCUUAAGACCCUGCUCUUCUUCAACUUCUUCCUCUUCCUGGUGACGGGGGCCUUCUUGGUGCUGCCCCAGGCGAUACACCCUCCCGUGCUGCCCGCGGGGAGACGCUCCUUCGUCGGACUGGAGCUCCUCACCGGAGCGGGCUACUUCUCGGACACAGUGAUGUACUAUGGGUACUACUGUAACUACACACUGAGUAGCAGCUGCAGGGAUGAAGAUGGAGGCCAGAACGUCUCCUUGUCCAAUGGGACCAGGCCGGACUGCACGUCCAAGCGCCUCUCGUACAACAUGCCGCUCGCGUACUUCUCCACCAUCGGAGUCUCUUUCUUCAUCACGUGUAUCAUCCUUGUGUACAGCAUGUCCAAGUCGUUUGGUCGGAGCUUCAGAAUCGACAACUCUCACAGUAUUUUGGCCAUGAAGGUCCUCUGCUCCUGGGACUUCAAGGUCAUUAAGAAAUCCUCUGUCAAACUCAUGUCUGAGAACAUCUGCACCCAGGUCAAGGAGCUGCUAGCGGAGGUGAAUCAUAAGCAUGUCAAGAACACUGGGUGCCAGAAGCUGUGGAGAAUGAUGGUUCAUGGCCUGGCCUGGGCUAUCUGCAUAGCGAGCACCACCGCCUGUGUGCUCGCUAUUUACUACUUCUCUGAUCACAUGCAUCGGAACCUCCAGCGAAGUUCUCGUAGUGCCCCCCAGCAGCCCUUGUUGGACGAGGCCAGCCUGCUGGCUCUCCCUGUGGUCGUCUCCCUCAUCAACCUGCUGCUGCCCGGCCUGUUCAACCUGGCAGCCUGGAUGGAGGACUACGACUCGCCGUCAGUACGCACAUAUGUCGCCAUCGGCAGAAAUUUGAUGUUAAAAGUAAGCGUGCUGGGAGUCCUGUGCUACCACUGGCUGGGUCGUGUGGCUGCGGACCCUAAGAUUAUUGGGCAGGAGUGUUGGGAGAGUUUUGUGGGCCAGGAGCUUUAUCGUUUCCUUCUCGUGGAGUUCAUCUUCACUCUACUGGACACCUUGUUUGGGGAGUUUCUUUGGAGGUUGUUUUCUGAGAAGGUGCUGAAGAGGAGGAGGAAGCCCGUGUUUGAUAUCGCCAGGAACGUCCUUGAGCUCAUCUAUGGACAGACAUUGGCCUGGUUGGGCGUUCUCUUCACUCCUCUCCUUCCUGCAGUGCAGAUUUGCAAACUCCUGCUACUAUUCUACAUUAAAAUGAGCAGCGUGAUGAUGAACUGUCAGGCCCCCAGGAAGCCCUACAGGGUCAGCCAGAUGACAACCGUCUUCAUCACUCUCCUCUGCUUCCCCUCCUUCCUCGGGGCCUCUGUGUGUGUCACAUACACCAUGUGGAGCCUCACGCCCUCCUCAUCGUGCGGUCCGUUCCGCAAGCUCAAAACGAUGUUCCAGGCGGGGAAGCGGUGGGUGGAAGCACUAGAAAAAGACAAUCCCAACCUCUCCGUGCUGGCCAGGGCUCACUCGUACCUGGUGGAAAACCCUUUCUUCCUGUUUGUGGGAGCAGGCAUCUUCCUGGUUGUCAUCUACUUCCACAGUCAGGUGGUGGACGGUCAAAGGAAGAUUAUCGCAUUGCUACAGGAACAGAUAGAAAACGAGGGAGAGGAUAAGAAGUUUCUAAUCACUCGCCUCCAGUCCAUCCACGAAAGGAGAAAAACUCCUGCUCAAAGACUCACCAGUCAGGAGUCCCGGUGAUGAGAUCUCAACCUCGAGUAGCUAAAACCUGCUCAACGUAUGAGCACUGAGUGCUGGGGAGAUCAUUGACCUGCAUGACUGUAACUGGAAUAAUAACAGGAAAGGAGCACGGUUCAAAUGCAAAUGUAUUCUUUUUAAAUGUGGUUGGAUUUUACUGGCUGGAUUGUUUGUAGUGAGGCAAAAGCAAUCAAGUGAAAACAUCAGGUGGAACAAAGCUGUGUGCUUUAUACGGUGCUGUUUAUAGAUGAAAUGCCUGUUACAGAAUUACUGAUGUCAAUCAGUUCACAUAGAUUUCAGUCGUCUCUCGUAAAAGCACUUUCGUAUCAACUGUGAACAAAACAUUUUUAUCAUUUCUUGUGUAUAAACCUUUCUGUCUGCAAGGUUUCUAAAUGCUUUACAUUUUCUAAAUUCUUUUAUUAGUAUGCAUGUUUUAUAUGAGGUUAAGUUUGAAUGUUGUGGAUCAGAGUAGAAUAAAACUGAAAAUGAGUUUUUCUGUUUAGAGGCAACUGUAUUGUCAUACUGUAGUGAUUAAAUAAUGUUUUAUCAUC